ACUAAUGAGCCUUGACGGUUGCCAUCACGUGGAUAGGGGAGUGUCGCAUUCGACAUUGAUAAAUACCCAGGGACCUAUUUAAUCGUAGGUACACGUAGGUAUGCCGACUCGACAGCAGGGACUUUACGCUUCUUUGGUUGCCUAUUUUGCCUGCUGCAUUUUCGUUGCUUUGUCGCUUUGUUCGGGCUUCGUACCGACCAACUCAGCUCCAUUAGAUACUAUGCGGUCGUGGACCUCGCUUCUGGUGCCGCUCGGCGCCGUGGCGGCUGCUCGGGAUGUCGACCUAGGAUGGUACCCCCCGAGUAAUACCUCCGUCAAUAACCUGACCGCCGUCCUCGAUAGUCAAGGGGUCUACGGGUUUAUUUUUAACACCUCGGACACUCCCAAGUCCCAAUACGGUGCCUACAAUUGGUGCAACAUGCCUCACGUUCGGAAGUCGGAAUACGUCAAGCCUGCGGCUGAGUACAAGCUUAGAUACGUCGAAGUGAUUCAAAGACAUCAUAAGCGAACUCCAUAUGCGAGCAACGCUUUCCCAGUCGAGUCUUACCGAUGGAACUGCGACGAUCAGGGCCUCUUCUACUACGGAAGUCCCUUCGGAGGCGACGACAAGCAGCCCGCGCACGGCUUCUGGAAGGGAUAUAUCUCUUCCGUCAAUCCUUUCACGCCGUCGGGUUGGAUCGGAACUUGCCAAUUUCCCCAGAUCACUUCUGCCGGACUUGACGACUCCUGGGUCCACGGUCAAGAUCUGUACGGAGUCUACCACGACUUGCUCAAAUUCCUACCCGGCAGAGGCGAAGAUUGGCGAAGCAAGGUGACGUAUCGCGUGACCCAGAACGUGAUUACGAGCCAAGUCGCCGGCAUGCUGAUCAACGGCAUGUGGGGAACGGCCGACUCCGUACCCUUGAUGAUCCAAGGCGUCGGAGUGGACAGUUUGGAACCUCAGUAUACCUGCAGCGUGGGCAGCAACCUGUUCAACACGAUAAAAUCCUCUUCCAACGCGGCUUGGAAGGAUCAUCUAAGCGCCGCCGCAGGUCUGUUCAGCACUUUGGAUAACAUAUCCGGGGUGUCUCCGAGCGACUCCGGCUUCCACGCGAGCUUCGACCAUUAUUUCGAUAACCUUUCGGCGCGACAAUGUCACGCGAAACCGUUGCCGUGCAAGUUGGUGGGCGGUGUCAACUCGACGACGUGCAUCGACCAGGCACUGGCUGACUCCGUCUAUCGCAUGGGAGAGUGGGAAUAUUCGCAAAUGUACCGUGAUGCGCCCACGUCUCUCGCCGCGUCUUCUACCGCGUAUGGCGUAUGGAUCGCCGAGCUGAGCCAGCACCUGCGAGACGUGAUAGCUGGCAAGGGCGGUCCCAUCUAUUUCCACAACGUUGCACACGACGGGUCUAUCAGUCGAGUACUAAGCAUACUACAGACCGAUGUUAUGGUGUGGCCUGGCAUGGGCAGCGAGAUAAUAUUCGAGGUAUACGAGCGGGCUGGACACGCGAUACCGUCCCCGACCUCGAGCCCGUCCCCGAGCAAAAGCGCCAGCGCCAAGACAAGUACGGCGCAGACCAAAGGAACGGAGGCUAACGGAUUCUAUAUAAGAGUCCUGUUCGGAGGGAAAACGCUAAAGUCUUCGAAUCCCACCCUCGGAUUGCUCGAUAUGAUACCCGCAGAGACUCUGCUCGCGUACUUCGACGGCUUGGUCGGAGCGGGUGCGAGCCUAGUCGUGGGUAAAUGCAACGGAACGAUACCUGUAUGAUAUCGAGUUAGAACUAUUAGAGGCGACUAGAAAG